AUGUUGCUUAAGACCCAGCUGUCUGGACAGAAGCUUCAGACAGAGCGAGGAGACGCUACUCGGGAAGCUUUGGGAAAGUUUGCGAAGAAAGCCAUCGUGCACUACAGAGAUGACCUGGACCUGCAGAACCUGAUGGAUUACAUCCAGAAAGAGUUCAAGUGUUGUGGGUGGAACAAUUACACAGACUGGUCUUGGAACCUGUACUUUAAUUGCACUCAUACAAACCCCAGCCAUGAGCGCUGCUCUGUUCCUUAUUCGUGCUGCACUCCUGUUCCUGGAGAGGCAGUGAUAAACACCAUGUGUGGAUUUGGGGUUCAAACCCAGAACUACCUGGAGGCAGACAAGUCGAUAUACCCAGUCGGUUGUUCGGAUCGAGCUGUGACGUGGGUUGAGUCUCAUCUGUUGAUGGUGGGGGCUCUCGCUCUAGGACUGGCUUUGCCUCAGAUUGCAGGGAUCGUGCUGUCCCAGAUCCUGAUCUCUCAGAUCCAAGAUGAGAUUACCUCGGUGUUGUGAGAGCAGGCCGACACAGGGGAAGAGGAGGGAAGAAAAGAACUGUGCUCCACUCAGCUCCUCGGGGAUGUGCAAGGAUAUCUUCUUUUUUUUUUUUUUCUUCUACAUCUCUGCAAAUGUUUGAGUGCAAUUGUUAUUCUUGAGGCGUGGUGCACUUUAUUCUGUUACUCAAACGCUCUCUCACAUGAAAUGUAAGAAAUGUGCAUUUAUUGGGUUUGAUAUUGGUUUUUGUAGUGCUGUUGACAUGAAGACCUUCUCUCAGAAAAGUGUGUAAAUGUGCUCUUGAUAAAAGUGAGAAAGAAAGAAAGUAAAAUGAUUUUGUAAUGUAAUAUACAUUGAUUAGCUUGUAAUAGCAAUGAUUAAAAAGCUUUUCAUUGAAAACUGUGCUGUGUUGAAAGUUUAAACUGUUUGGAUAGAAAAGCCAAAGUCCGGCGUCAAAGUGCCCCAAUAAC